AUGUUAUUCAUAAUCUUGUCAUUAUUAUUAUUUAUAAAUCCACUUCUCAUAUCAAGUUUAAAUAAUGGCUUAGCUUUAACUCCUCCAAUGGGCUGGUCUACUUGGAAUGUUUUUCAUUGUGAUUAUACUGAAGAAGACAUCAUGGAAAUGGCUGAUAUGUUGGUUGCGAGUGGAAUGUUAUCAGCAGGAUAUAAGUAUUUGAAUAUUGAUGAUUGUUGGGAAGCAUCUUAUCGUGAUCCAGUAAGUGGAAUGUUAAAGUAUAAUGAAACACGAUUUCCUCAUGGUAUGCUAGCUUUAUCCGAUUAUAUUCAUUCGAAGGGUUUAUUAUUUGGAAUUUAUUCGAGCUCUGGUGAAAGGACAUGUCAAAACUAUCCUGGAUCUUGGCAACAUGAAUUUCUUGAUGCAGCAUUAUUCUCUAGUUGGAAUGUUGACUUUUUGAAAUUAGAUUGUUGUUAUCAAGAUAAUAUUAAAGAUCGAGCUACAGCUUUUAUAAGUUGGUCAAAAGCAUUAUUAAUACAAAAUCGUUCAAUUGUUUAUAGUUGUGAUAGUGAUGAAUUAAUAUUAAAUGAAAAUAAUUUAGAAUUUCCAUUUCAAUGGGCUCCUGAAUAUUGUAAUAUGGCUCGAAUUUCGUGGGAUAUUUAUGAUGAAUGGAAAUCAACAUUAAGUAUUAUAGAUCGUGCAGCAAAUAUCUAUUAUGCUUCUCAACCAGGAUAUUGGAAUGAUUUAGAUAUUUUAACAGUUGGUUUAGGAAAACAAACAAUAGAAGAAUAUACUUCACAAUUUUCGCUAUGGGCUAUAAUGAGUUCACCCUUAAUUGCAGGAAAUGAUUUAAGAAUAAUGACAAAGGAAAUUGCAAAUAUUCUAACAAAUAAAGAAGUUAUUGCAAUCAAUCAAGAUAAAUUAGGUCGAUCAGGCAAUAUGAUUCGACGAGCAUUAGAUGGAUCAUAUGAAGUAUGGGCAAAACCAAUUUAUUAUGAAAAUAUAUCACAAGUUUAUGAUAUUAAUAAUAUAUUACGUUUUAAUCCUUUACCCUUUCAUGGAGUUGUCCUAUUAAAUCGAUUGAAUAUCACAGCUAAUAUAACAUUGGAAUUUAACGAUUUAUUCGAUCAUCAUUUAAGUCCCCAUCCACCUACUCCAAUCUGGACUGUCUCCAUUCGAGAUCUUUGGCUUCAUCAAGAUUUAGGAGAGUUUGUGGAAAAUUGGAAAGCUAUCAAUGUACCAGCACAUGGUGUUAGAAUGAUUACAGUUUCAUUACUCAAUGCGACAAAUUUUCAUCAUUAA